AUGGCCCGCCGCCUCAGUCACCACGACUACACAGUCGGAUGGGUAUGCGCCUUGCCUGUCGAGCUGACUGCCGCUCGGGAGAUACUUGAUGAAGAUCAUCAAGACCUCCCUCCGAAUCCCAAUGAUUCCAAUAUAUACACGCUAGGAUCUAUAGGGGACCACAACGUCGUCCUGGCGUGUCUGCCUGCAGGCCAGACGGGCACCAACUCCGCUGCGGCAGUGGCUAUCCAGAUGAAGAACACGUUUCCGGCCAUUCGAUUUGGGCUGAUGGUGGGAAUCGGAGGCGGCGUUCCAAGCAAGAAAGCUGAUAUUCGGCUUGGCGACGUUGUUGUGAGCCAGCCGGGAAACGGUCAUGGCGGAGUGGUACAAUACGACUUCGGAAAGUCAAUACCAGGCGAAUUCACGCGGACAGGGUUCCUGAAUGCUCCACCUAUGAUCCUUCUCGCCGCGGUUACAAAACUUCAAUCCAACCUUGACCUACGGAAAAGUGACCUGUCGCCACACCUCUUGAAGCUUGGUAACCUCCCCAAGUUCGGCCGCGAUGAAGCAGGAAGCGAUGAACUCUUCGAAGCGGAGUACAAUCAUAGUGAAGGGGAUAGCUGUCUAUCAUGUACGGCGGAGAGAAUGAUACAGAGGGAGGAGCGGACGAGCACUACGCCUAUAAUUCAUUACGGUACCAUUGCGUCGGGGAACCAGGUGAUGAGGAACGGUAUAGAACGGGACAAGAUCAGCUCGGAAUUCGGAGGGGUUCUCUGCUUCGAGAUGGAGGCGGCGGGCCUGAUGAAUACUUUCCCGUGCCUGGUGAUCCGCGGCAUCUGCGACUACGCUGACUCGCACAAGAAUAAGAAAUGGCAGCCGUACGCGGCGGGAACAGCAGCGGCAUACGCAAAGGAGCUGCUACGAGUGAUACCGGCGGUGGAUGUGGUGAAGAUAAAGACUGUCGAUGAAGCACUGCGAGAAGGAAAACGUACUUUCUACCUCCCCUUACAACGAAAUCACAAGUUUGUCGGCCGAAGUGCAGAGCUCAAUACACUGAAACAAACGCUCCUUCUAAAGAAAGAUUGUCAGAAGCUCACACUCAGCGGCCUUGGUGGUGUCGGUAAGACACAAGUCGCGCUACAGUUCGUAUACUCCGUUAAGGCGGACUAUCCAGAGUUCUCCAUCUUCUGGGUACAAGCGUUGAGUAUGGAGACAUUCGAGCUAGGCUGCGGGGAGAUAGCAAAGGCUAUAGAAAUUCGCCAGACGCAAGAGAGCGUCCAAGAUGUGAAAAUCCUAGUGCAACAAUAUCUGUGUUCAAAAAGCGCAGGGAAAUGGUUACUCAUUGUCGACAACGCUGACGAUCUUGACUUACUCCGUGGGACCCAGCACACAGAAGGCUUGCUGGCCUUUCUGCCAGAAAGCGAUGAUGGCUUAACUAUAUUUACAACUCGACAUGGAGCCGUGGCGCAAUACCUGACCGGAAGCGAUGUGAUUGAAAUAGGAAAGAUGACGAAACAGGAGACGACCGACUUAUUGGAAAAGAUGUUGAUUCGAAAAGGUCUUUGUGACGAUUCUGAGGUCGUGACGAACCUUCUUACAGAGCUGGAAUAUCUCCCAUUGGCUAUCACCCAAGCAGCAGCAUAUAUCAACAUAAACAAAAGCUCGAUCUCUGAGUAUUUGCGCCUAUUGAAGAAGACAGACCAUGAUGCUGUUACCCUUCUAAGCACGGACUUCGGUGAUAAAACACGAUAUCGGAACUUGCCAAACACAGUCGUGAAGACAUGGACGGUAACUUUCAACAAGAUUCUCGAAUGCGAUCCCUUGGCGGCAGAUCUCCUUGCAUUUAUGUCUUGCAUUGAGUGGAGGGCAAUCCCUUGCUCUAUUCUACCACCAGCCUAUCCAGAAGCCCGGCUGACUAGUCCACUUGGCGACCAGGAUAUGGGUUAA